AUGCCGGUUUUAAAUUGCUGUCUUGGCUGCCAAGGGCCCAUGGCUGGCCCAUGCGGUCCCAUGGCGUAUAGAAAAGAGUGCCAGAACGUUGGUCCGUGCUGUCCUCAUGCGAUUGGAGCGAACUGUCAAUCGCCCUGUGGCGAUAUCGGCUGCAUACACGGGGCUCGUGGAGGUGUAGCUGGCUCGUACUUCAGCUGUGGAGACGGUUGCAUUGGAGGAUGUACCAGCGGUUUGUGUGCUAGUUGCUGCGGACCUGCAUGUGGAUAG